CAGAAUUCUCAGAUUAUUUUGAUUUUAAUAUAUAAUUUACUUUUAUCGAUACAAUUAUAUUAUAAAACACAUUUCAAUAACAAGAGUUAAUCCCCACAUUCGUUUUAUAAAAUGAACAAGGAACUGCUUAAAACAUUUAAAACUUUAUCUAUAUCCUGUAGAUUUAAAGGUUAUAGACAUCCAGGUGCAGUUAUUUAUCCCGGAGGCAUCAAAUACUACCCCAGGUUUCCAAAUGAGAAAGAACAAGAAAUAACGAAUCCCUCGAAACUUUUUAGAGUAGAACGAAUAAAACCAGUAAAGGGCACACCUUGGUUUUACACCAAAAUAUUAAGACACCUUAAAAUUGAUGAAGAUGCUCGCGUAACUAUUGUUAAAAAUACACCAGACACCAAUGCAAAAUUAUGGAAGAUAAAACACUUGAUAAAAAUUACACCAAUUACAUUCCCUUAUGGGGAACCAACUGCAGAAGACAUCAAUCAUACAAUUCUUAAAGAGAAUGGGACAUGUUUAGUGACUAAAACUUUACAACCACACCCAGAGCAAGUUAAAGCCUUGGAGGCAUUUGAAUCUGAUCCCAAAAAAAUGGAUUCAACAACAAUUAAAAAGGACUCCAGGCGGAAGUGGGAUGUUCCAUUUGGUGGAGGAUUCUAAUUUAACGAUUGUUGUAGUUUUUAGUUUAAU